AUGCAAGACAACUCGGAGCAGGCAGGAGCUAUAACCCUCCUCCUGCAAGAUGAUUCUGGUGGGCUUGAAGUGCUCAAUCAUAAUACUGGAGAAUGGAUUCCGGUAGACCCCAAUCCAGAUGCGUAUGUUGUCAACAUCGGCGAUAUGCUGUCAAUGUGGACCAAGAAUAUCUACAAGAGUAACGUCCACCGUGUUAUCAAUAAGAGCACCAAGGACCGGUACUCCAUGCCUUUUUUCUUCGAUGGCAAUGCUGAUGUCAAGCUGACGCCAUUCGAUGGCAGUGAACCGGUUGGUGGCAAGGUAUUGACUGUGGAAGAGCACAUGCUGGAGCGAUUUGGCACGACAUAUGGCAGGGCAGAGCAGGUGGAGGCAACUGCUUGA